CCUUGAACGCAGCGCAGCCUCCAUUUUGUGUGGUCCCGUUUCCGGGUUUGUGAGCAGGACCGAUAAAGUGAACGGUGUCCGCGGGGAGUAUGGCUGAGCUCGCGGGUCCGGAGUGCGGGUAAAGUUUUCCGUCUCUCCCCGAAGCUCCACAAAGUGUCUCCUCUCUCUUCCUGUAGUCCGUCUGAAGCCCUGACUCACCGCAGGACCCUGCUCCUGAUCCGGAUCCACAGAGAGCCGGACUGACACUGACAGCUGGAAGUAAACAGCUAGCUGCUACCUGCUAACAGCUAGCUAGCGUUAGCCGGCUAACCUGGAGGUUUGGGGGUUUCUCCGGAUCCCUCCUGUCCCAGUUUGUCCCCGCAGAGCCCGGAGGGAGGAUUUCCACAUCAGCAGUAUCCCUUCAUGUGGUUUAGGAGGUCGGGACUGCAGAACCUCCUCCUCAGAGAGCCCGGGAGUCGUCGUGUGUCGUCCCAGCUGAGACGCUGAAGACACCGGUCUUAACCCCCCCCCACACACAGAGAGGUGCCAACAGAGGGUCAGGAUGCCUAUUCCCCCCCCUCCCCCUCCUCCCCCUGGACCCCCGCCUCCCCCAACCUUCAGCCAGGCGAACACGACGCCCCCCAAACUGAGCUCCUCUGAGACCAAAGGCCGAGGAGCGCUGCUGUCCGACAUCCACAAAGGUGCCAGGCUAAAGAAGGUCGGCGUGGUCAAUGAUCGGAGCGCCCCCGCCUUAGAGAAAUCAGGUGGAGGUGGAGGUGGCGGCGGUGGAGGAGGAGGAGGAGGAGGUUUUGGAGGUGGUGGGCCAAUGGGGAUGGGAGGCUUAUUCCAAGGAGGUGUGCCAAAACUACGACCCAUUGGAGAUGGUUCAGCCGGAGGUUCAGUGGGCAGGUCCGCCUUGAAGCCUCCAGGGUCCAGGUCUGCGGCCCCUCGCCCCCCUACAGGCCGCUCCAGCUCGCCCUCACCUCCGGAGCACCAGCGCUCCCACCGCCCGUCUCUCCCUGACAUCUCCCGCCCCUCCAGCAGCAGCAGCAGCUCCUCCACAGGCAGCGGGAUGAAGCACAGCACCUCGGCCCCGCCUCCUCCUCCACCCUUCAACAGAGGCGGCCGCGGCAACGCUCCCCCGACCCCCAAUCAAAAGGCACUCCACCUCUCCUCCUCUUCCUCCUCCUCUUCUCACAACAGAGAGAAGCCCCUCCCACCAACUCCAAACAGAGGCCACACCCCUUCCAGCAAUGUGAGGCCGCCUCCAUCCUCCAGCAGGCCGCCAACGGGUGGAUCCUCGGCUCCUCCUCCUCCUCCCCCGCCGUACAGACCGCACGCAUCCGGCGGCGUCUCUAACGGGCCGUCACAGGUAGACGGGGGCGGAGCUCCGCAGCUGCCGCAGAGGCAGAACUCCUUGCACAAAAAACACACGUCAGCAGCCGGCAGCAUCGGACGCAGCCACGCUCCACCUCCACCGCCUCUGUCGUCGUCUCCAUCCUCUCAGGGGGGCCACAGACCACCACCGCCCGCCAGGGAGCCACCUGGACGCAGAGCAGCUCCCCAGGUGCCCCACCCCGGGUCCCGCAACAACGGUCGAGACGCCCCUCCUCCCCCGCCUCCGUACCGCAUCCACAGCUCCGCCAACUCAGAGCCCCACAGCCGCGUGGGCAAACCUCCUCCGCCUCCCUCCUCCUCCUCCAUCUCGUCAAACUCCUCCCGAACCCCGGCUGGACCCCCUCCUCCGCCCCCGCCCAUCAGGAACGGCCACUCCUCCAUGUCCUCCUCCAAGUCCAUCAUAGAUGAUUUUGAAUCCAAGUUUAACUUCCACCCGAUCGAGGAUCUUCCCGCUCCUGAGGAGUACCGGCAUUUCAGCAAGGUCUACCCCAGCAAGACCAACAAGGCCAUGAUGAGAGGAGCUCCUCCCGCGCCACCCGUGGGGAGGUGAACACGCCUCCGCUCAGGACUUGAACUCUCAGUCAGCCGACUCCACGGUCGGGCUGUGACGGGGGGAUGAGAGGGGAGGGGGUGACGGAGCACUCAAACACACCACAACACACUCACACAUUAACACUAAACCACCAGCUGGAAUGCAACGUAAACACUACGACACCAUUCAGGUUCGACACUACUCAGCGACCACCUUCUGUCUUUUUGCACGAGAAAACUCUGACUGUGACCGGCUCCUCUUCCUCUGCUGACCGGACCAAGACGAAGAGGAACUUCUGCUACAUAUCAGGACCAAACUUCAAAUCUGUGCAUUCCAUCUUCUUUUAGUUUUUAACGCAUAUUCAUGAUACGAGUGAUAACGCUGACUUUCCUAACUUCUUUUACUUUGUUUGAUUUUAUUAUUCGUGGUGUCGGCGUCGGCUUGCGGAGGGAAAUCGGAAAAAACGGUCGAAUCCGAAGGCGGGCGCCAUGAACGCGGGGCUUAGUGACGCGUAUGUUUGGAGGGGGGUUAUCUUGUUGUUGUUGUUGUUGUUGUUGUUAGUCUUUGUCUUAAAUAGCCAUUCCAGCAGUGCCAGGCGAGGGUGAAUCAAACGUCUGCGUCAGUGUGCCAAAAGUGGGCGGAGUCAGUUGCACAGAGAGGACGGUUUCAUGCUCUGUGUGUUUAUAAUCAGCAUGUUUUAGAGUCUCUUACUUGACAGAAACCUCUUUUCUUUCUUCUUCUUGAUUUAUAUUUGACCCCCCCUACAAUCCUGAACUCCAGGGAGGUUCUUUUUCCAGACUGGGAGCGAUGUUGCACGGCAGCUCGACUGCUAAAACCGAGACACUGUGCAUGACGCUUUUUUUUAACGCACUUAGACUUAAAAAAACGAAAAAAAAAAAGAAACUUUAAAACACUAAGACAUGUUCCACAUCUUUCUCCAAACACACUGUGAGGAUUUAGUUUUCUGGACCAAGUGGAGGCGAUUGCGGCUGCAGAGACGAGUGUGUGUAAGUUCUGAAUGCAUCUUUUUAUUUUGCUGCUGGUGACCCGUGAGAGGGAAGGCGUGUACGAGCAGAGGAGCUAUCGUUUGAAGCUAUCGUUUGAAGCUAUCGGUUGAAGCUAUCGUUUGAAGCUAUCGUUUGAAGCUAUGCAAGGGGCAGUUUGUACAGAUCGUAGUCGGUAGAAAGAAACCAAAAAACACACACAAAAAAAAAAGGAACACUUAAGUGCCAGAGAAGAGUCUACGCAGAGGGGCGUCUUUACUUUGAAAACACUAAUGGAACAAAAAGAAAUGCUUGUUCAGGUCUGGUUCUUCAGCGCCCCCUGCUGGUCUUUGCCUUACACUAGAAUCUGUUGUCACUCUCAUCGGUACCUUUUUAUUUUAUUAUUUUCUGUAGGGGGGAAGAUGAUGACGACAAGGUAAAUAAGAAACAAGUUUAUUUGAAAAUGCAAUAAAUAUUGUAUAUUUACAUUGAGGUAAUGAAUGAGGUAAUCAUAGUUAUUGAUCUAUUUUUAUGUUGUAAAAAGCUUGUAAUAUAGGAAAGAGAUGAUUAUAACAAUGUUCCAGGUAGUGAGCUUGUAGCACUUCUCUGGAUGUUUGGCCAUAACGGGAGCUGAACGCAUGUGAGCGCAGGUUUUUGCCAACGAGACGAUGUUUUAGGGGUCUGGGGGAUCCGGUCUGGGUCACAGAAACACCAAACAACCAAUGAGACUCCACUUCCUGUCCGGGAUGUUCGCUCACCUCGACGCGCAGGUGACCCGACGCGCUUCUGUCCCCUCCUGUUCUCACCUUGUUCCCUCUGAGGAGCAGAAACUCUGUGGUCAUUUCAUGUUAAUCAACCAUGUUUUUAUCUUUUGAAAUAAUUUCAAAUAAAUGUGGGAAAAGGGUAAAAAAA